AGUACCAAAACAAAUCUCUGAAUAUCUCUGAACAAUUCAUUCGGCUUUGGAAGUCAUAUAUAUACAUAUAUAUAUAUAUAUACACGCAUCAGGGAAAGAUUCACAAGAUCCAAUACCGAGGUAUACAAACAUACACACACAUAUAUACAUACAUACAUGGAGUAUUCUUCGCCUUGGGUCGACACUUCUCUGGAUCUCAGCAUCGGCGUUACUCAUAUGCAGGUUGAUAAAUCCACGGAGAGUGCUUUGGUCGAGGAACUAAACCGCGUGAACGCAGAGAACAAGAAGCUGUCGGAGAUGCUAACUGCCGUGUGCGAAAAUUACAAAGCGUUGAAGAAACAGUUGAUUAUGUAUGUCAACGAGAACGAGAGAGAGAUUAGUCCGUCGAAGAAACGCAAAUCUCCGGCGAGAGUUCAUGAAGAUGACGUCAUCGGGGUCUCCGAGAGCAGUUCUACUGAACAAGAUGAGUUGUGUAAGAAGCAGAGGGAAGAGACUGUUAUCAAGGAGAAGGUCUCCAGGGUUUAUUACAAGACUGAAGCUUCUGAUACUAGCCUUGUUGUGAAAGACGGGUAUCAAUGGAGGAAAUAUGGACAGAAGGUCACAAGGGACAAUCCAUCUCCAAGAGCUUACUUCAGAUGCGCAUUUGCUCCGAAUUGUCAUGUCAAAAAGAAGGUGCAGAGAAGCAUGGAGGAUCAAUCCGUGUUGGUUGCAACCUAUGAGGGUGAGCAUAACCAUCCAAUGCCUUCACAGAUGGAAGCAACCGCUGGCUCGAAGAGCUAUAUAGCGAUGGCUUCAGCCCCGACUGCAGCCAACAGGCCUGAGCCCGCCACAACCAUUGACCUGACCGGAUCUGAGAAGCCUCGUGGUACCUCCAAGAAUCAGAACUCAAUAAUCGAUCUACCAGAAGUUCAGAAACUCUUGGUGGAACAGAUGGCUUCUUCUCUGACCAAAGAUCCCAACUUUACAGCAGCUCUAGCCGCAGCUGUUUCAGGGAGACUGUAUCAGCAUACUUCCAUGGAGAAAUAGUUCAUAGGAUAAUCUAUAGUUUCUUUCUGCUGGUGUGUUAGAUGAUUUAAGUCAGCAUUGUUCAAUAGAUUGAUUCACAGAAGGAAAAAGGAUCUCCUUUGUGAUAUUGAAAUGUAACAUGUAAUAUUUUCAUAUGAAUAUGGUGGAUCUCGCCUUGAGGCUUCUCA